GACGGCCUAUGCAAUUAUUUCGACAGCUACGGGCUAUCCGACAGAGACGGAAAUGGUGGUCACUGGAACCGGCAGCGAAGCGCCGGCGGAAGUCAAGCAGCAGGCUUACGACAGGAACAGUGAAUUAAGAGCCUUCGACGACACAAAAGCCGGAGUGAAGGGGAUUGUCGACGCUGGGGUGGCCAUUUUACCUCGCUUCUUCGUCCAUCAAAAUAAGCCCAAUCUUCCCAAAGAAUCUUCUUGUAGGGAUCCCAAAUUCACUGUCCCAGUCAUAGACCUCCGCGGAAUCGACUGUAACGCCUCUCGGCGCCGCGAGGUCGUCGACGAAGUGGUGAACCACGGAAUCCCGCUGUUGGUCAUGGAGGAUAUGAUGGACGGAGUUCGGAGAUUUCACGAGCAAGACACCCUAGUGAAGAAACAAUUCUAUUCGCGCGAUUUAACUAGAAAAUUCGCGUAUAACUCCAAUUUCGACCUGUACCAAUCGCCGGCGGCGCACUGGAGGGACACAAUUUUCGCCGUCAUGGCUCCUCAUCCACCCGAUCCCCAAGAACUGCCCACGUUUGCAGGGACUGUCAAGAGGAUCCGACCCGAUUCGGUGCUGGAAAUUAUGACUGAAUAUUCGAAGCACGUGAUGGAUCUUGGGAUUACUGUGUUGGAAUUGCUUUCGGAGGCGCUGGGGCUCCAUCCUGAUCACUUGAGAAGGAUGGGUUGUGGAGAGGGGCUUUUGUUGGCUGGCCACAACCACACUGACUCUGGUUUUCUCACUCUGCUUCUGCAAGACCAAACCGGUGGUCUCCAGGUCCUUCAUGAGAAUCGAUGGAUCGAUGUUCGGCCGAUGGCCGGAGCUCUGGUGGUGAACAUUGCAGAUCUACUGCAGGCAAAAUACAGAGCAUGGAAAAACUAUCGGGGAAAUCAAUUAGCUCUCAUCACCAACGAUAAGUUCAAGAGUGCCAUUCAUAGAGUACUGGUGAAAAACACUGGUCCAAGAGCAUCAAUGGCAUGUUUUUUCAGGACACACUUCCAAGAAGGGAUGACUCCGAAACUCUAUGGACCAAUUAAGGAGUUGUUGUCAGAGGAAACCCUCCGAUCUACAGGGAAACCACGG